GAAAAAAUUUGUACCCUUAAGAGAGAGGGAGAACCAUAAAUGAUAUAAAUCUUGUGUUCUGACCCCUUUACCGAGUAUCCCUUAUUUUCACCCUCUCUCUCUCUCAAGAAAUCAAUAGCUCCAUGCUUCUCUACCAAUUGGAUAAUUCUAAUUGACUACACUCUGCUUAGUAUCCCUCUCAAAACAUCAAGACAUCAACAUAAUCUGUUUUGGAUAGUGGUUUGUUUCUUGAUUUUCCAAGAUCUCGCCCUCUGCUGUUCUUCUCACUUAAAGUUGAUUCCUUUUUAUCAUAUUCAGUUAUAAAGAGAGAUACAUUCUUGAUCUUAGAGCUACAAAAGAAAAGGAAGCAGAGGAGUAUUUAAAUUCUCACUUUCUUGUAUUUACUCUGCCUUUCCUUCCUUCAAAAUUCAGAGUGGUUUCUAGCUGUUUCUGUUGAUCUAAAGUGUUUUUCUAUCUGGGUCUUGAUUUAACUUGAAGAAUUAACGUUGAGUUUGUGUUGUUUGAUUACCAAGACAAGUAAUUUGGUUUCUUCAAUAUUGAUCAAAGCAGAGUCUCUGUUUUGUAGUGUAACGGUUGAGUUUCCUUCAAGAAAAAAACAAAACAAUAUAAAACAAAGGAGUAAUUCCCACUCGAGAGAAGGUUUUAGUGUUCCAAUUUGAAGAAAAAAUCUUGCCUGAAUUUUCAGUCUCCGGUGACAGGGAAAAGAUUUGAUCUUUAGACAACAUUGUCAUUUUUUCCUUCUUGUUGCCAACAAAAACUUAUUUAUUUUAGUUUCUGUUUGAUAAAGAUAAAGAUAAAAGUAAAAGAAGUGAGAUUUUUUUUUUUUAAUUUUUCCUUAUAUUUAGAUGUCCAAACGUCAAAAAAUAGAUUUCUCUAACGUUUCUGUUUCUUUCUUUGAAUAGGGAAAUCGUAUCCCUAUAAUCUCUCAUUCUCUCCGCUCUUUCUUCUUAUCUCUCUAUUGUCCCUCCUCUGUUUUCACAGGGACAAGAGGAAGACUCUUUGACUCGAGAUUUCCUGUCUUUUUUAAUCUAAAAUCAUGUUUCUCGACAAAGGGUCAAUGCAAUCAAACCUCGAUUGUUUCCUUCAUUGCACAACUCCGCUGGUCCCAUCUCAAUCCCUCCCCAAGAGGGAGAUUAGGAAUCUAAACAGACUAUGGCACCCAUGGGAGAGAGACACAGUGGAGUAUUUUACAUUGGGUGAUCUAUGGAAUUUUUAUGAUGAAUGGAGUGCUUAUGGGGCUGGAGUUCCUAUUGCUUUGGACAAUGGUGAAACCUUGGUUCAAUACUAUGUGCCUUACCUCUCUGCUAUCCAAAUUUUCACAAGCAAUUCUCCAGUCAACAGUUUCAGGGAAGACACUGAGUCUGGUGAUGGCGAAACGAGAGACUCGUUCAGCGAUUCGUGGAGUGAUGAUAGUGAGAGUGACAAGAAAUGCAGGUGCGAUGGAUGCUCAUCAGAAGGAGGGUCAGAGCAAGACAACCCUUGUCCAAGAAAUAAUAGACUGGGGCGCCUAUAUUUUCAAUACUUUGAGAGAUCAACUCCUUAUGGAAGAGUUCCUUUGAUGGACAAGAUUAAUGGAUUUGCUCGACGAUUUCCGGGUUUAAUGUCAUUGAGAAGUGUAGAUCUUUCACCGGCUAGUUGGAUGGCAAUUGCAUGGUACCCUAUCUAUCACAUUCCAAUGGGAAGAACCAUAAAGGACUUGUCUACAUGCUUCCUCACUUACCACACCCUCUCAUCAUCUUUUCUAGAUAUGGACGUAGAAGAUGACAUUGAGAGUCCGGAAAAGAAGCGAAAGGAAGGGGAAAACAUCACUCUCCCUCCAUUUGGUUUGGCCACUUACAAGAUGCAAGGGAACGUGUGGGUCUCAGGCAAUUGCGGUCGGGACCAGGACAGGCUAGUGUCACUUUUAAGCGUGGCAGAUUCAUGGCUAAAGCAACUAUGGGUCGAGCACCAUGACUUCAAUUACUUCACGGGGACGCGGCGUGGCCAAUACCAUAACUUAAAAGAUUUCACUUUUGAAACUUCCCCUUAACAGGGGGAUUGAUCACUAAAAUCCUCCUCUUUUUUGUUGGAUCUCCGGCGUGGACUUUGUGUCUGAGGACUCUAGCUAGUUCUUUCUCGCAACCAAGCUCAAUUUCUAGCCA